AUGUCCCGACCCCUGAAAACCGACUCCUGGAUCGUUGACGGCUCCAAGGGCUUCGAGAGCCUGAUAAUCCAACGAGAUGUGCCCAUCCCCGAGCUGGGAGAUUAUGACUGCCUCAUCCAAAUUCAGGCCGUCUCCCUCAACUACCGCGAUCUCAUCAUCCCAAAGGGCCUCUACCCGUUCCCCCUCAGCCUCCCGCGCGUGCCCUGCUCCGAUGGUGCCGGCAUAAUCCUCGCCACAGGCCCGCGCGUCACCCAGUGGCGCCGCGGCGACCGCAUCUGCACCCUCUUCAACCAAACCCACCAAGCAAACCCCAUAACCCCGGAGUCCAUGAACUCCGGCCUGGGCGGCGUGAUCGACGGCACCCUGCGCAAAUACGCCGUGCUUCCCGAAUACGGCCUCGUGCGGGCGCCGGCCAACCUGAGCCCGAUCGAGGCGAGUACGCUCAGCUGCGCGCCGCUGACGGCCUGGAAUGCGCUGUACGGGCUGCUGCCGCUGAAGGCGGGGGAUGUGGUGCUGACGCAGGGAACCGGGGGGGUGAGUUUGGCGGCGGUGCAGUUUGCGGUUGCGGCGGGGGCGAUGGUGAUUGCGACGACGUCAUCGACGGAGAAGAUGGAGAGGUUGAUGAGGAUGGGCGUGCAGCAGGUUAUUAAUUAUAAGACUACGCCGGAGUGGGGGGAGGUUGCCAAGUCGCAUACGCCUGGUGGGCGUGGGGUGGAUCAUGUUGUAGAGGUCGGGGGCCCAGGGACUAUGGCACAGAGUCUCAAGGCCGUUAGGAAGGAGGGGGUUAUUACGAUUAUUGGUUUUUUGGGGGGGGCGGGGGGCAAGGGGGGCAAGAAGGAGCCGAGCAUUUUGGAUCCGUUGGUUGAGGUUUGCACGGUGAGGGGAAUACUGGUUGGUUCACGGCAGCAGAUGAAGGACAUGGUGAGGGCGAUUGAGGUGAAUAACAUACAACCAGUGGUUGAUGAGAAGGUGUUUGGGUUUGAGGAGGCGAGGGACGCGUAUCAGUAUCAGUGGGACCAGAAGCAUUUCGGAAAGGUGGUUAUUAAGGUAGAGGAUUGA